GGUAUAAAAAGGCCCGAGCAGAAUGGAGUUGGCAGCACUGGCACCUCAGGUAGCUGUGGUCGAAGUAGUGGCAGCUUCCCCACCAUGACGGCUAAGUGCUCCCCCGCCUCCAUCAAGAGCUGCCCCCGGCCCUCAUCCGUCUGUUCCAGCAGCACGAGCUGCCGGCCAGAGCUGUGCCUGGGUUACGUCUGCCAGCCCAUGACGUGUGUGCCCUCCCUCUGCAUGCCCACCACCUACCGGCCAGCCAGCUGCCUCUCCAAGGUCUACAUGGCUGGCUCCUGCCGGCCCAGCAGCUGCCACCUGAUCAGUGGCAUCUCCAGCUCCUUGGGUAGCUACAGCUCCGUGGGUAGCUACAGCUCCGUGGGUACCUACGGCGGGUACCACGAAGGCUCCUUCAAUGGCAACGAGAAGGAGACCCUGCAGUUCCUGAACGACCGGCUGGCCAAAUACCUGGAGAAGGUGCGGCAGCUGGAGCAGGACAAUGCGGAGCUGGAGAGCAAAAUCCAAGAGGCCUCCCAGUCUCAAGUGCCCACCUUGAGUUCUAACUACCACUCUUAUUUCAGGACCAUCGAGGAGCUGCAGCAGAAGAUUCUGUGCACCAGGGCAGAGAAUGCCAGGACGAUCGUGCAUAUGGAUAACGCCAAGCUGGCGGCUGACGAUUUCAGGACCAAGUACGAGACGGAGCUGGCCAUGCGGCAGCUGGUGGAGGCUGAUACCAACGGCCUGCGCCGGAUCCUGGACGAGCUGACGCUGUGCAAGGCUGACCUGGAGAUGCAGGUGGAGUCCCUGAAAGAGGAGCUGAUGUGCCUCAAGAAGAACCACGAGGAGGAAGUUGGUGCCCUCCAGGGACAGCUUGGGGACCGCCUGAACAUCGAGGUAGACGCCGCGCCCCCCGUGGACCUGAACAGGGUGCUGGAAGAGAUGCGUUGUCAAUAUGAGGCUCUGGUGGAGUCCAACCGCAGGGAUGUGGAGGAGUGGUUCACCAUGCAGAUGGAAGAGCUUAACCAGCAGGUGGCCACCAGCUCUGAGCAGCUUCAGAGCUACCAGUCGGACGCCAUUGAUCUGAGACGAACAGUCAACAUGCUGGAGAUUGAGCUGCAGGCUCAGCAUAGCCUGAGGGACUCUCUGGAGAACACGCUGACGGAGACGGAGGCCCGCUACAGCUCGCAGCUGGCCCAGGUGCAGGGCCUGAUCGGCAACGUGGAGGCUCAGCUGGCGGAGAUCCGGGCUGACCUGGAGCGUCAGAACCAGGAGUACCAGGUGCUGCUGGAUGUGCGGGCCCGGCUGGAGUGUGAGAUCAACACGUACCGGGGGCUGCUGGAGAGCGAGGACUGCAAGCUGCCUUGUAACCCAUGCUCCACUGCUUCCUGUCCCAGAGUGCGUCCUCCUCGUGCACCCCGCCCGGUCGGCGUGCCCUGCACGGUCUGUGUGCCUGGCAUGCCUUGUCCCCAGGGCCGCUUCUGAAGUCCCUCCGCGUCGCUGGAUCCUGGAGGGACGGGAGCUGGGUGGCUGGUGCCUCCUCAGGUGGAGAGCAGUUCGGUGGCCACCGCGGGAGCAGGGCCAGCCCAGCGGGCAAGCAGGGCCAC